GGCUUAAGGAGGGAUUUGGUAGAGUUUCAGACUCGGACUGUCGUCGAGCUGCGCUAACAUGCUAAUAUGAGGACUGCGAAUAGUCACUGGUUUAAAACAGAAAAAAAAGUAAAGGAAGUUAUAUAAAACCUGCGGUGAGUGGAGAGAAGCCGAAGGAACCAAUGUGAAACUAACGAGAAAGUUUCUAACUUUGUUGACGCCCUCCGUCCAGCCGCGAACGGCGUGCCGAGCAGCUAGCAGUUCCGAAAGUUUCUGGAGCUUGCAGGCGGAGGUGAGACAGGUCAGGAGUUAGACGGAUCCAUGACGGUGGAGGCUGUGAAACAUUCACCGAUCCUGUCUGCUUUGUUCAGGAUGAGCCAGGACUGUGAGUUUAUUAAAGAGCGCCUGUACUUCGCCACGUUACGAAGUAAACCCAAAAGCACAGCCAACACACACUACUUCUGCACUGAUGAUGAAUUUGUGUAUGAAAACUUCUACGCAGACUUUGGGCCUCUGAACCUGGCCAUGUUGUACCGAUACUGCUGCAAGCUCAACAAGAAGCUCAAGUCGUUCACACUGACCAGGAAACGAAUUGUUCAUUACACCAGCUUCGAUCAGAGGACGAGAUCCAACGCAGCCGUGCUUAUCGGAGGCUACGCUGUGAUCUACCUGAAGAAAACCCCCGAAGAAGCCUAUAGAGCUUUGAUUUCGGGUUCAAAUGCCUCCUACCUGCCCUUCAGGGAUGCUUCUUUUGGGAAUUGCACCUACAACCUGACUGUGUUGGACAGCUUGCAGGGGAUCAGAAAGGCUCUGCAGCAUGGCUUCUUCAACUUUGAAACCUUUGAUGUGGAUGAGUAUGAACAUUAUGAGCGGGUGGAGAAUGGAGACCUGAACUGGAUUGUCCCAGGGAAGUUUUUGGCCUUCAGUGGUCCUCAUCCUAAGACUAAAGUAGAGAACGGUUACCCUCUACACGCCCCCGAGGCUUACUUCCCAUACUUCAGAAAACACAAUGUGACGACUAUCAUCCGUCUUAACAAGAAGAUCUACGAUGCCAAACGCUUCACUGAUGCAGGCUUCAACCACUACGACCUAUUCUUCCCAGAUGGCAGCACACCGAGCGACAUCAUCACACAGCGCUUUCUACACAUCUGUGAGAGUACAGACGGUGCUGUGGCCGUCCACUGCAAGGCUGGUCUGGGCAGGACGGGGACUCUCAUUGGCUGUUACCUCAUGAAACAUUACCGCUUCACAGCAGGUGAGGCCAUCGCAUGGAUACGGAUCUGCAGACCGGGCUCUGUGAUUGGACCCCAGCAGAACUUCUUGGAGGAGAAACAGGCAGCACUGUGGUUGCUAGGUGACAAUCAGCAUUCCCAAAAAGCCAAGCUGGAGGAGAGAGCAGUACCUCAUCUCAUCAGCAGUAUGGAUGGGCUCACAUUAAACCCCACCCACAUCAUCACAAACCCUAACCACAACAGCAACAUGUCCCGAUCGCAAAGCUCCGACCAGCUACAGGAGAGUGAGCUGACAGACAGCGGGCUCAGUCUGACUCAGGGAGACAAACUGAGAGCCUUAAAGAGCCGACGCUCCACCCGUCCAGCCACCACUGGGGCCCUGAGAGUGGAGGAGAUGAACAUGCACAGUAGGUCAGCCUCACAACCUCUAAGGCUGUCGAUGGGGGUCAGUCAGGGCUCCACUUCCCCGCUCAAGUCUCCCAAGUUCCCAACGUCCUCCAAUUCUGCUGCAGCCAAGAGGAUUGGGAAGAGUCCGUCAUCAACAAUGUCAAACAUCAGAAGCUCAACUCUGAGCUCUCGAUUGGCCAGCUCUCUCACUGAUCUGUAUGCUGCCGACAUCGAGAAGGACAGGAAGACUCUGUACUCCUCUCUUCCUCCCCUGUCCUCCUCCUCCUCUUCUCUUUCUCUAAGCUCCCCAACUUCAUCUUUUGCUCCACCAUCUGUGUCUCGCUAUGGUAAUGGACCUCACAGUAUGCAGCAUGAAGUCAACAACAACAUCAGUCUGUAUGGCAGCCCUGCGGUGCCCCCUAUGGGAAAAGGUUUGGUUCAGCUGGGGCCUCAGGACUUCAGGCCCUACAGGGGCCCUGGGCACUACAGCGCUAUGAAGGGUCCCUCAGGACGCUACCUGAGCCGCUCCAUACCUUCUCUUCAGUCCGAGUACAUCCAGUACUAAAACUACAUGUCCGCCCUGAAGAUGGUGUUUUUUUUGUUUUUUUGUUUCGCUCCUGCGUUGGAUGUUCAGAGGGAAGCUUUGGAGUUCAUCUCUGUCAGGACUGAAUCUCCUGUGAGGUGACAGCUGCUGACUGUUUAUACCACAUGUAAAUGAGUUGUCUGUAAAUAUGUAGUCUGCACAUAAGCUCGGCUGAAGAUAUAUUUACAUGAAAAUACAUUUUAUAUUUCUUA